AUGGAAUACAUUACAAAGCUUAUUCCACCUGAUAUCGGCUAUGUCAUUCAGAAGGUGGACAUAGGGCAAAGAGACAAGGUUGAUCAAGCCAUCUGGAUGGAUAAUCCAUCAGGAAAAUUCACAUGUGCCAGUGCUUUUCAGGUCCUAAGGAAAAGGCAGCCUGAAUCUCCUAUCUGGAGGUGUAUAUGGAAUAAAAUAAACCCCUUUAAAAUGGCCUUUAUCAGCUGGAGAAUUAUCAAGAAGAAGAUGCCCAUGUAUGAUAGAAUUAAGAACUUCUCUAAUGAAUCUGAUCCUAUGUGUAUUUGCUGUAAUGAUCCUAAAGAGGAGAGUAUGCUACAUGUCUUCAUUGAAGGGGAGUUAGCUAAGAAGGUCUGGGAAUUUUUUGGAGACUCUUUGGGUAUUAAGAUACAGAAUCAGACGAUUCAAGCAAGAUAUGGAAACAAGAAAUAUUAUGAGGCCAAGAUUUAUUAUGAAGUGGCUCAGCAUGUGAAGGGCAUCAUGAACAAGAAAGGCUAUUUGAGAGACAACUGGAGCAGGAUAUGUAGUAGUAUGGAAGCUCACAAAGCAGUGUUAACUAGCUUUCCUGUCGUUUGGAGCAAACCACUAGUGAAUACUAUCAAGAUAAACACUGAUGGAAGCAACAUGGUACUUUGCAACAAAGCAGGAAUUGGGGGAAUUGCUAGAAACUCUAGAGGAGACAUUAUUAUGGCUUUUGCUAAAGCAGUACAAUUUUGCUCUAUUAAUAGUGCUGAAAUCCAGGCUGCAAGUUUUGGUAUAAACUGGUUGAACCAUAACGAUAUUAACAAUGGUAUUAUAGAGGUGGAUUCAAUCCUAGUGGUGAAGUGGCUAGAUGGUGAAUAUAGCAUCCCCUGGGAAUUCUUGAAGGAGAUAGAAGCCUUGAAAAGGAUUAUAGACAAAAGAAGAAUCAAAGUGCAACAUUGUUUCAGGAAAGCAAACACAGUAGCUGAUUCUUUAGCUAAAUUUGGCAGCAACACACAGUUUAGUUUCAUUGCUAACUUGUAUUAUACGAUGCAGGAAAUCCCAAGGCAGGCUAGGGGAGCAGUGAGGAUGGAUAAAGCUCAACUAGCAAACUUCAGAAUCAGAACUAGGAGAAGAACAUGA